AUGGCAGCUUCAUCUGCUUGUCUUGUGGGAAAUGGAUUGUCGUCAGUGUACACAAGCAAACAGAGGCUAAGCAAAAACUUUUCCAGGAGACAGAUUGGUCUUUCCUCGACUUUUUCUUCAUUCAGUAGAACAUCCAAGGUCAAUGCCGUGAAGGCUUCUUUGGAUGUGAAGAAACACGAAGGAAGAAGAGGGUUUCUCAAAGUCUUGUUAGGAAACGCAGGGAUAGGUUUGCUUGGAAGUGGGAAAGCAAAUGCAGAUGAGCAAGAGGGUUCUUCGUCUCGGAUGUCAUAUUCUAGGUUUCUAGAGUAUCUUGACAAGGACAGGGUGAAUAAAGUUGAUUUGUAUGAGAACGGGACGAUAGCUAUCGUGGAAGCUGUCUCUCCCGAGUUAGGUAACCGUGUUCAGCGUGUACGCGUUCAGCUUCCGGGGUUAAGCCAAGAGCUUCUCCAGAAGCUGAGAGCCAAGAACAUUGAUUUCGCAGCACAUAAUGCUCAGGAAGACCAAGGCUCCUUGUUGUUCAACUUGAUCGGUAACCUCGCUUUCCCUUUGCUUUUGAUUGGUGGCUUGUUCCUUCUCUCGAGACGGUCCUCUGGAGGAAUGGGUGGUGGACCCGGUGGUCCUGGUUUCCCACUUCAGUUUGGUCAGUCCAAAGCAAAGUUCCAGAUGGAACCAAACACUGGUGUGACGUUUGAUGACGUCGCUGGAGUUGAUGAAGCAAAGCAAGACUUCAUGGAAGUCGUGGAGUUUCUGAAGAAGCCAGAGAGGUUCACUGCGGUUGGUGCAAGGAUCCCGAAAGGUGUUCUCCUCAUUGGUCCUCCUGGUACGGGGAAAACUCUUUUGGCGAAGGCCAUUGCUGGUGAAGCUGGUGUGCCUUUCUUCUCCAUCUCCGGUUCUGAGUUUGUUGAGAUGUUUGUGGGUGUUGGUGCAUCGAGAGUCCGUGAUCUUUUCAAGAAAGCUAAAGAGAACGCUCCUUGCAUUGUCUUUGUGGAUGAAAUCGAUGCUGUUGGUAGGCAAAGAGGAACCGGAAUUGGUGGAGGUAAUGAUGAAAGAGAACAGACUCUUAAUCAGCUGCUCACUGAGAUGGAUGGAUUUGAAGGUAACACUGGUAUUAUCGUAGUUGCUGCAACCAAUAGAGCAGACAUUCUUGACUCUGCUUUGUUGAGGCCAGGACGGUUUGACCGACAGGUAAGUGUUGACGUUCCAGACAUCAAAGGGAGAACAGAUAUUCUCAAGGUUCAUGCUGGUAAUAAGAAGUUUGAAAAUGAUGUCUCGCUUGAAGUAAUAGCAAUGAGAACACCUGGAUUCAGCGGAGCAGAUCUCGCUAACCUCUUGAACGAGGCUGCCAUAUUGGCUGGCCGGCGUGGGAAGACAUCGAUAUCAUCUAAAGAGAUUGAUGACUCCAUUGACAGAAUCGUUGCUGGCAUGGAAGGAACUGUGAUGACAGAUAGCAAGAGCAAAAGCCUGGUUGCUUACCAUGAAGUUGGUCAUGCAGUUUGUGGAACAUUGACUCCAGGACAUGACGCUGUGCAAAAGGUAACGUUGAUACCAAGAGGCCAAGCGAGAGGUCUGACUUGGUUCAUUCCAUCAGACGAUCCGACUCUCAUCUCCAAGCAACAACUCUUUGCAAGAAUCGUUGGUGGGCUCGGUGGUAGAGCUGCUGAAGAAGUCAUCUUUGGUGAGCCCGAGGUGACUACUGGCGCCGUUGGUGACUUGCAACAGAUCACCGGUUUGGCUAAGCAGAUGGUAACAACAUUUGGAAUGUCUGAGAUUGGACCAUGGUCGUUGAUGGAUUCAUCGGCUCAAAGCGAUGUCAUCAUGAGGAUGAUGGCAAGAAACUCCAUGUCCGAGAGGCUUGCAGAGGACAUUGAUUCCGCAGUGAAGAAACUAUCAGACGAAGCAUAUGAGAUCGCACUAGGCCACAUAAGGAACAAUCGUGAAGCCAUGGACAAGCUUGUUGAAGUGCUUCUCGAGAAAGAAACUAUUGGAGGCGACGAGUUCAGGGCUAUUCUCUCUGAGUUUACUGAGAUCCCGCCGGAAAACCGAGUUCCUGUCUCAACAACAUCAACUCCAACCUCAACACCAACACCAGCUUCUGUCUAAAAAGUAAUGAAUCUGUUGUAUACUUGUGAUAAUACUUAAUUUUUCUGUACAUUUUUUCACUGUCAAACUCGAGCUCUAGGAAUGUGA